GCCUUUGACUUCCGGGCCACGACUAGAAACGCUCCCUAGGGGCGGGUCUCAGGCGCCGAUUGGCUGUCGUGCAAAUGGGCGGUGAUUAAGCGGCUUGGAAGGAGGGGCUUAGCUCAUCCGCGUCCUAACAGCGGCUGGGCCAUGGCGGUCUCGGCCCUGCGGGAGGAGUUAGACUCGAGGUUCCUGCAGCUACUCAGCGACCUGGAGGAACUAGAGGCGAAGCGGGCGGCGUUGAACGCCCGGGUGGAGGAGGGAUGGCUCUCGCUUGCCAAGGCUCGCUAUGCCAUGGGUGCCAAGUCGGUAGGGCCCCUGCAGUAUGCCUCGCGUAUGGAGCCUCAGGUCUGCGUGCGCGCCAGCGACGCCCAGGAUGGACCCCAGACCUUCAGGGUGAUCAAAGCUGAUGCCCAGACCCCCGAGGAAGUGGGGCCCCGCGAGGCAUCUCUACGAAGGCGCAAGGGCCCUACCAAGACCCAAGAGUCAGGGUCCCCUGUGGUCCCUCAAGAUCCCUUGAACUGGUUUGGAAUCCUGGUCCCUCACAGUCUGCGGCAGGCUCAGGCCAGCUUCCGGGAUGGCCUUCAGCUGGCUGCGGAUAUAGCCAGCCUCCAGACUCGAAUCAACUGGGGUCGGAGUCAGCUCCGGGGCCUCCAGAAAAAGCUGAAGGAGUUGGAUCCCGGGCCUGCCUGACCUGAAGCUGCCUCAGAAGGCACUGAACAGCCAUCUUGAUGCCACUGCCCUACUCAGACCGUCUUCAUAAUAGUCCCUGUCUCAGCCAGUGCCCCUCGUAGAAAUGUCCUUAGUCUGCAUUGUCUCAGCCAGUGCCCCUCGUAGAAAUGUCCUUAGUCUGCAUUGUCUCAGCCAGUGCCCCUCGUAGAAAUGUCCUUAGUCUGCAUUGUCUCAGCCAGUGCUCCUCGUAGAAAUGUCCUUAGUCUGCAUUGUUUCCAGCUUGGUGAGUUAGCAAGUUUGAUGAGGCAAGCUGAGCAGUGUUGAAAGCAGCUUGUGUGAAAGCUCUUCUAGGUCCAUGUUCUCACGGGGCCUCCCUCCCUUUGGGUGAGUUAGACAACAAUCGGAUAACCUCCAGUCAGCCAGCUUGGGAUGAUGAGACCCUGCGUGCAUGGUGACCUGGAAGAAAAGGAGUCUGGAAACUUAGGCCAGCUCGGGACAAUUCCAGUCAAUAAAAAUACCUCUGGCAGGGCAUGGUACUGCAUGCCUAUAGUCCCAGCAACUCUAGAGGCUGAGGCAGGAGGAUUGCUUAAGCCCUGGAGUUACAGACUACCCUGGGCAACAGACCUUUUCUUUAAAAUUACAUAAGACAACACACAGGCAAACACCAGAGUAGACUGUCGGGUAGGAGGGAGUAUUAAAACGGGGGGGGGGGGGCACCUGACGUUCUUUCAAUGGAAUGGAAGGGACCUCCCACUUAAUUUUUAGCAGUCAGCCUCUUUGCCUGCUGAACUUGCCAUCCUGUGUCUGGGAACUGUACCAUGCUGAACUUUUCUACUGAGCUGACUUUUGUCUGGAGACUUGUGUUUGGGGAGAGAAAUUAACCGUUUGUGGGUGUAAAUAUUUCUUCCAAGUUUGUUAAUUUUGCUUAUAUUGGCUUUUCUAGUUCUUAACUGUAAAGAUAUGUAAAACUUGUACAGAAAAACUGAAUAAAGUAAAGGUUACAGUAA